AUGGAGAAGGCCAAUGAGAAAGAGGUUGUGGUGGCCAUUGUUGGCGCGGGCCCUGCAGGCCUAGCGGCAGCGGCAUGCUUGAACCGCCAAGGAGUAGCCAACGUCGUGCUCGAGAGAGAGGACUGUUCUGCCUCUCUUUGGAGAAACCGGGCGUACGAUCGAUUGAAGCUCCACCUAGGCAAGCAAUUCUGUGAGCUCCCCCACAUGCCCUUCCCCUCCAACUCACCCACAUUUAUCCCUAGGGCCCAAUUCAUAGAAUACCUCGACAACUACAAGUCGCAAUUCGACGUAAAGCUGUAUUGCCAAAGGUCCGUUGAGAGUGCAUCAUACGACGAUCAAACCGGCAAGUGGCGGAUUGUGGCGAGAAAUACAGGCUCGGGCGAGCAUGAGGUCUAUGUGGCGGAGUUCCUGGUGGUGGCGACCGGGGAGAACAGUGAGGGCAUGAUACCAGAGGUUGACGGCUUAGAGAGCUUUGGCGGGGAGGUGAUGCACUCGAGCAAGUACCGGAAUGGGAGGGGAUUCAGAGGGAAAAACGUGCUGGUGGUGGGUUGUGGGAACUCAGGAAUGGAGAUUGCGUAUGACUUGUGGAACCAUGGUGCCAACACUUCCAUUGUUGCUCGAAGCCCUGUGCAAGUUUUUACCAAGAAAAUAGUGUUUAUCGGCAUGGUUUUAAUAAAAUUCCUUCCGCGCCGAAUCGUUGACAUUUUGAUGAGGCUACUUAGCAAGCUAAAGUAUGGCGACUUCACCAAGUACGGCCUUCAGAGGCCGAAAAAUGGUGCGUUCCAUCUGAAAGCAGCGACCGGACGAUCCCCCACCAUUGACGUCGGGGCAAUGGAAAGGAUCAAGGACGGAGAAAUCAAGGUUUUCCCCUCCAUCAAAAGCAUUCACGGCAAGCUGGUCACUUUUGUAAACGACACAACAAGUCAAUUUGAGGCCAUAAUCUUUGCCACUGGCUACAAAAGCAAUGUCCGGAAAUGGCUCCAGGGUGGAGAUGACCUCUUCAAUGUUCAAGGCAUGACCAAGGUCCGGGACCAAUGGAAAGGAGAAAAUGGCUUGUACAGUGUCGGCUUCUCUCAAUGGGGCCUGUUUGGCAUUGGCAGCGAUGCACGGAAUGCAGCUAACGACAUUAACUUCGAACUUCAGCACCAAAGGAAGAGCAAGUGGGAAAAAUAA